AAUCCAACCCAGAAUAUGUAACCAAUAAAAUAAUAACAUUGUGCUUGAUUAAUUGUCGUUGAUUAAAAAGAGAUCCCAGGACUGUAUAAUCGUCUGCGUCACCACCAUUGUAGAAUUUAAAGAGUUAACCAUAAUUAACAAGAGUAGCGUGCACAUUAAGGAAGAGGAAGACUACUCAAAUUGAAAUUGCAGAGAGAGAGUCCGAAAGCGUCUCAAUCUCAGCGACAAGUUUCCAAUGAGAACAAGGAAACCUAAGAUGGAGAGAACAGUGGCUCACUCUCAGUCUCAGCCUCAGUCCCAAAUUGAGAUCGUGAACAUUGAAGACGACGAUGCCUGUUGCUUCACAUCCAUUUCACUGAAGCGCUCAGCAGAGCACUUGGAAGAGGAAAGAGGCCUUCAAUCGAUCAAAGCAGGUAACUUUAUCGACCUUUCUGAUGAAACUCUAGACUUUUACGACGAUGACGAUGAGCUUAGAAUUCUUAGGUUUAAACCCUCAAACACCCCCUUCGGAAAACGAACAAAGCCCUUUACGGGUCCUUCUGUGACCGAAGCUGGGCAAUCUUCCAAUUCCAAUGAAAACCCAUCUUUUGUUUGUGAAAUCUGUGUUGAAACCAAGCCCGGAAACCAGUUGUUUGGGGUAGAAAAUUGCAGCCAUGGUUAUUGUACUGACUGUACGGUCAACUACGUGGCCUCAAAGCUUCAAGAGAACAUCACAAACAUUAGGUGCCCUGUUCCUGAUUGUAAAGGAUUGCUAGAGGCCGAGUAUUGUCGACCAAUUCUGCCCCCUGAGGUGUUUGAUAGGUGGGGAAGUGUGUUGUGUGAGAGUGUGAUUCUUGGGUCUGAGAAGUUUUAUUGUCCCUAUAAGGAUUGCUCUGCUAUGUUGAUUGAUGAUGGGAAAGAGGUUAUAAGGCAAUCACAGUGCCUCAAUUGUUGGAGAAUGUUCUGUGCCCAGUGCAAGGUUCCUUGGCACGAGGAGAUUGAGUGCGAAGAAUUUCAGAAGUUGAAUAAGGAUGAGAGGGAAAAGGAAGCUGUCAUGUUGAAGAACCUUGCGCAGCAGAAACAAUGGAGAAGAUGCCCCAAUUGUAAGUUCUAUGUGGAAAAAUCGGAGGGUUGCAUGUUCAUGAUGUGCAGGUGCAAAACAGCUUUCUGCUACAGAUGUGGUAAAAUUUUAAAAGCCAAUCAUGGCCACAAUUGUCCCAAUUGUAGGGGGCGUUGACAUGUUCUAUAACAUAGAUUAUGAUGAUACUUUAAAUAUUGCAAAUCAUCAAUCAGUACAUGUAUGAGAAAAUUCUACAGUCCCAAAAGAGGUGGGAUAACAAUAGCUGAUACCUCCGUGCUCAAUAAAGUUCCAGUUAGCUUUUCAUCGGAUUUGAGCUCGGUUUGAAUAUAUCUGCACUUCACUUUUAAGUUUAAGCAGUAGGAGAGUUUACUUCGGUACCGUCAAGUCUUGCAGAUGCUUCAGGUGUUUCAAUGCUUCCCAUCCUCUCCACAACUCAGCCUUUCCAAAAGGUGACCAUGGUUGCGGGGUAGCUACCUAAUCCAUGAGGGGCAAUAUAGGCCUUCCACUGAGUAUAGUUUAUGCUGCUUUUUACAAGUUUGUUUGAGGCUCUUUCGCCAAAUGAAAGUGAUGCUCCUUCUAAAGGGGGAAAAAAAGUCCUCCACCCAUUGAAUGAGCAAUGAUCAAGUUGGUAAAUCGUUCCAUGAAAAUGUACUAUAUUUACCCAACAAUCAGUCAAAAAGAAACCAUGUUUGAGCUU